AAGAGCGACGGCGCUCCUCGGAAGUAGUCGCGAUUCAUUUGCGUUCCUGGUUCCUGGUACUCCUGGUAGCCUGGCAGCGGCCUGCAGCAGUCUCCGGCCUUGCCUUCCGACAGAGAAUAGAGAGGGAGAGAGAGAGAGAGAGAGAGAAAACUCGUAGCCUAAUUAGAGAGCAAUCAUGAAGAGCGUGGUGGCUUUGCUGCUAUUGACGGUCCUCGUCACGGGAGAGGCUGUUUCAUUUAACAAGAUAUUGGACGCAGAAUGGUUUAUCUUUAAGACGCACCACAAAAAGGUCUACAAGUCUUCGAUCGAGGAGGAUUACAGGAUGAAAAUCUUCUUGGACAACAAGCGCAAGAUCGUCGAGCACAAUCGCAAGUACGAGCUGAAGGAGGUCUCCUACAAACUGGGAAUGAACAAAUACGCGGAUAUGUUGCAUCAUGAAUUCGUCAAUACGUUGAAUGGCUUCAACAAGUCGAUAAGUGCUAAAAUAGAGACGGUGGGAGCGACGUUUAUCUCGCCGGCUAACGUCGAGUUACCGGGAGAGGUCGAUUGGAGGAAGCAUGGUGCCGUCACGGCAGUUAAGGAUCAAGGACACUGUGGAUCCUGCUGGGCAUUUUCUUCUACCGGAGCUCUGGAGGGACAGCAUUUUAGACAGAGCGGCGUUUUGAUAUCGCUCAGCGAGCAAAAUCUGAUCGAUUGUUCCGGCAAAUACGGCAACAACGGAUGCAAUGGUGGUCUGAUGGAUUAUGCCUUUCAGUAUGUGAAAGAGAAUCGCGGCCUCGACACCGAAAAGAGUUAUCCGUACGAAGCGGAGAAUGACAAGUGCAGAUACAAUCCGAGAAACAAGGGCGCGACCGACGUCGGCUACGUGGACAUUCCGGAAGGAGACGAGGAGAAGCUAAAGGCCGCGGUCGCCACUAUGGGUCCAAUCUCGGUCGCUAUCGACGCCUCUCGUCCGUCCUUCCAGCUUUAUAGCGGAGGAGUAUAUUACGAUCCCGAGUGCAGUUCAGGAACCCUAGAUCACGGUGUGCUGAUCGUCGGCUAUGGCACGGACGAGGAGACCGGCCAAGAUUACUGGCUGGUAAAGAACAGUUGGGGCGAAACAUGGGGUAGAGAAGGUUACAUCAAGAUGGCUAGGAAUAAGGAUAACCACUGCGGUAUAGCGAGCAGCGCCAGCUAUCCUCUCGUUUAACCCCCUCGCUGGCGAUCAAACCUUGUAGCGCGUUGAUCUGCUAAUUGAAAAACAUGACAAAUGUGUCUUUUAGAGACCUAAAAGGUUUUGCAAGUUUUAGAAAAAAAAAAAAAAGUUUUUAUAUCGUUCCUGAUAUAUUAUGAUUUCGUUAAAAUCAUAUUUCUUAGUACAAUUGGAUAAUUAGAGUCGGCGUUUCGUCGGUCUUUCUUUUUCACCACGCCACGAAAGGGCCAGAAUUGCAGUUACAAAAAUAUUUUACAGUUUUCCAAACUCUCUUUUGGUCUCUGCGUAAUUAAUUAUUCUGAACAAAAGAGAUAAAAGAGAAAUAUUCGCGAAAAAUGCGAGCCUCGAAGAUUCAUCGUUCAUCGCUUUAACGUUUAUUAAAUUUAGCAACAAUUGUACGCGUAGACAUAUUUUACCUUGUGUUUAUAUUUAAUCUUCAUUUUCUGUCCACAUUUAGAAUUAUACUGCCCGGGAUAUUCUCUAAUGUCUCGUAUCAAGGAUUACUUUACCGUAAACUUUAUUUUCUAUCGAAAUUAUAAAACUAAUAAAUGAUAAAGAUCUAAUUUUUAAGCCAUCUUAGACAUAUUACGCAUAUGUAUCUCGCGAUAAUCCAGAGUUGCUGUUAUAAGCAAACUGAUCUCUAUUUUUUAGGAAACGUGGGAAAUAAAGAAAUUCUUUUUGAUAAA